UGGCUGCGUCCUUUCGAAAUGCAACGUGAACGUUUUCUUGUAAAAUACGUUACGGCGAACAAUUGUUUUGCGCAUCUGCCGGCUGUCUGGUUGCGUCGUCUGGAAACUGAGGAGAAUGCGAUUGAAGUGUCGCAUAACGGAAGAGCAUAUUAUCUUUCUUGCUUCCCUCGCAUUAAUAAUGACGAAACACUAUGCAUCGGGGCGACCUUCGCGAGAAGUUUGAACAUUCAGGAAGGAGACGAAGUGUUCGUGUCCUCUGUGAAAAAUGUGUCUUCGUUAAGCAGCAUUAAAAUCACUCCUCUCACGACGAGCGACCGCGAGCUUUUGGAAUUGCAAAUGGAAAGAGUGCAAUCGGAUCUCUUGAACCAAGUGAGAAUAGUUGCAAAGGGCCAGCCGAUUGUGGCGUGGAUCUCAAAGUUCUCCUCCGUCACUUUUAUUGUGGAGGAUUCAGAGCCGAAAUUCGCGUAUGGGUUACUCAAGCAGUUCACGGAGGUGCAUGUGCUCGAUACAAUCGCGAGUGCAGCGAUAAAGCAUGAGAAUGUUAACGAGGAGCUCAUUACAAUAAGCAGUUCUUUGGCGAAAAUGUUUCCUUAUUUUUCGAAAGGAAAAGAUCAUCGCACUUCGAAAGAUAAUGUCGCAAAUUAUGCGUUACUGCAAAGCUAUGGUAAAAGAAGCAUACCUCGCGUGUUUCGUGUAUAUCCUCUGCUGGAGUUCCGGUCCUUCGAUCAAUCGAACGCUUGCGACAUGAUCCUGCGAUGUCCCUGCCACAUCCUGAUUCCGAGGAGCUGCUUGCCGAAAGAUGCGAAAUCUACGAGUGAAACAAUGAUGUGUAAAAUAAAGAAAGUGCAGGAAGUUCGGCAGCACGUUAACAUAACUAGCACGAGCUUUCUGAAAAACGAAGAGACCUCUUUCGAGCCUGAACCCCCGCAAGAGCUUACCGCGAGAAUUUAUGUUCUCGAAGACAUUUUAGAAAAGUGUUCCGCAUCUUUAGACAGAAAGUAUUUCGAUCUGAAUUCGAUUCAUUCGCGUGCAUACGUGUCAUCCGAUUUGAGGAUUACUCUGAAUUUGAAAGUGGGAAGCAGAGUGAUCGUGCGGAUGAUCGAAGAGGCAACCGAGCGGCCGAAACCGUCGUCAAUGGACAUCUUCCCGUCCGAUCAAUCGAUCACGAUGGAAAAUUUCGAAAAUUACGUUCAAUUUCAUUCAAGAUACGAGGCGUUGCUGCUCAACUCGCGCGCGACGAUUUUAUUCGACGGCGGCAAACAAUGCGUUGUGCGAAUGUCACCUGCGGAUUGCGAUUACGCGACGAUAGACGCGACGGAUAUGGAAAACCUGGUCGUCCACGUUCGAUCUGUGUUGAAUUCGAGUAAUGCAGAAAUUUCGGAGGACUGUCCCGGAGAAAAUUUGAAACUGGAGAAAACUUCCACGAGAUAUACAGAGGGCAUUCUUAAAGACUGCGAGAUCGCGCUCGAUCUCAGCUUGAGUGUGCGGCGAUCGGUGGACUUCCGGUAUGAUCGGGAAAACAUUUUAAUUUGCGGUGAUUUGGGUUCCGGCAAAACGACCAUCUGCAAAAUGCUAAUCGAGCGUUAUCGCGACGCGCCGUGUUUCGCGUACACGCACAUGAUUGAUUGCAGAUUGCUGAAAGGUAAAAAGGUAGAAACAAUACAGAAGAUGAUUACUUCCGCAUUGAGUGAAUGCGUGUAUUAUCAACCGUCUAUACUAUUUCUGGACGAUUUGGAAAGCAUUUCAAACACAUCAAAUGACGAGGAAAAUACCAUAGACGCGACGAAUGCUGCCAGAAUUACGGAUAUGUUGCUCAACGUUAUUACGCACUAUCAGGAAUCCCAUUAUAUUUCCAUCGUUGCCACCUGCGCUGGUGUUAGCAAGAUUGGCUCGAAACUGCGACCAGCGAGAGGAGCGCAGUUUUUUAGAACAGUUUUACAGAUUCCCAAUCUCGAGAAGGUGGAUAGAAUCGAUAUUUUGCGAUUAACGCUCGAGGACAAGCUGUGCGUGCCCGGAGACAUGAAUUGGAAUUACUAUGGAAACAAGACCGAGGGGUGGGUGCCCCAGGAUCUCGUCGACUUGGCGGAGAAGGCGAAGUUCGUCGCGUGGAAGCGUCACGCGGCGGAAAAAUCAAAAUCACCGUCGAUCGUCGUGACGGAGGAGGACGUCAACACCGCCCUGGAGAACAGCACGCCGAUGUCGCUGCAGGGCGUGCAGUUGUACAAGAGCGGUGGUCACUCUUGGUCCGACAUCGGCGGACUGGCGGAAACGAAGAGUUCCCUCACGGAAAUUCUGCAGUGGCCGCUCAAGUACCCGGAGAUCUUCAAAAACGCUCCGAUCAAGCUGCAGAGCGGCGUUCUUUUGUACGGAAUGCCCGGCACCGGAAAGACGAUGCUGGCCAAAGCGAUCGCCGGCGAGUGCGGCGUGAAUCUGAUCAGCAUCAAGGGUCCAGAAUUGCUAUCAAAGUACAUAGGCGUCAGUGAGGAAUCCGUGAGAAAUGUGUUCGAAAGAGCUCGCCGCGCCAAGCCAUGCGUCUUAUUCUUUGAUGAGUUCGAUAGUCUCGCACCCAGACGCGGACAUGAUAGCACUGGGGUCACCGAUCGGGUGGUGAAUCAGCUGCUAACGCAACUUGACGGAGUCGAAGAUCGCGAAGGAGUGGCGGUCGUUGCCGCAUCUUCCAGGCCCGAUUUGUUGGAUCCAGCUCUUUUGAGACCAGGACGCCUCGACAAGUGUCUGCACUGCCCUUUACCGAACGAGUUGGACAGAGAGGCGAUCUUCGCGGUUUUAUGUGAUUCUCAAAAUAUAGGUAAGACCGAAUUGGACCUGAAACAAUUAGUCGCGUUCUCUGAUGGAUUCACGGGAGCUGAUAUCAACGCGGCGAUUACUUUGGCGAAGCUGUCGGCGUUCGAAGAUGCCUUGGCAACUGCGAUUAACGGCAAAGUGGAUGCAAACGACAUCAAAGUCACGCAAACGCAUCUCAUCGAGUCUGUCAGAUCGACGAGGCCAUCUUUGUCCACUGCGGAAAAAAUGAAAUACGCCAAAAUUUACACCAGGUUUUCCAAGGCGGAUAAUUUUGCGGAGGAUGUACUGACGAAUCAGAAGGCAACACUUGCUUAAGGGAAGCCAGCCAAAAUUUUUUAAACGAGAAAUAUAUUUCUUUUUGUACAAAAAUCAAUAUAAUAUAACAUAAACUAGCAAA